CCUCAGAAGAAGAAGACGACGCUCUAACAACACUCUGUCCGCCAUUUGGGCUGUUUACACUCCGGGUUUCUUCUCUCCCUCUUCUAAUCAAACUGAACCAGCUGGUACCUGCGGUGGUACCUGCGCGCGAGACAGCAGCACGUCACAGCGACUGUGAUGGCGGCGGACCGGCGCGAGGACAAAGAUGGAGAGCUGAACGUUCUGGAGGACAUUCUGACCGAAGCUCCAGACCAGGAUGACGAGCUGUACAACCCCGAGACCGAGCGAGACAUCAGCGACAAGAAGGGAACAAAGAGGAAGAGUGACCGCUCAGACAGCCAGGACCUGAAGAGGCGUCGCCCCUCAUCAGGCCACGCCCCCUCCAGGUCGUCCUCCAGCAAUAAAAGAGCCCCGGGACCAGCCCUCUCCGCCUCCUCUUCUAAGAAGGUGGCGUCCAGCCCCCGUGGCCGCCACACCGCCACCACCAGUACCGCCGCUACCGGCAGCAGCUACCAUCAUGAAUACUACGAGGAGCGAAAGGCGCGGCGAGGGGCCCGAGAAGCGACCAGGAGCCGCGGUGGAGAGGACGUACGACGCAGAGAGUCUCCGAGAGGCCUGGAGGGUCUGAGCCAGAAGUUGCGACGUGACGAGCGGCGUGCAAGCCCCUCCCCCCAUGGGGAGGACAACCAAUCAGAGGAGGAGGUGGCAGCAGAGUACGGCUCAGAGCCGGGGUCUGGAAGCUCCUCCCCUGCCGGUUCCCACGUAGAGGAAGAGGACGAGGAGGACCAGGAGGAAGAGGAGGAGGAGGAGGAAGAGGAGGAGGAGGAGGAGGAAGGAGAGAAGGAAGAUGAAGAGGAGGAAGAGGAGGAGUAUGAGCGCCGCGGCGGCGAGGCAAAUGACUACGACACUCGCAGCGAGGCUGGCGACUCGCGCUCCGCCUCCUCCGUCAGUUUCUCUGACGACGGCGAGUCGGUGCACUCGGGCUCGGCCUCCGAGGCCUCAGGUUCGGAGAAGAAGCGGGAGAAGCUGUCAUCGUCUGUCCGAGCAGUUCGCAAAGGGAUGGAGAAUCCGACCAGUAAACUGCGUUACAUCCUGCGAGACGCUCGCUUCUUCCUCAUCAAGAGCAACAACCACGAGAACGUGUCACUGGCGAAAGCUAAGGGCGUGUGGUCGACGCUGCCGGUGAACGAGAAGAAGCUGAAUGCAGCUUUCCGCUCGGCUCGGAGCGUCGUUCUCGUCUUCUCUGUGAGGGAGAGCGGAAAGUCUUUAGGUUUCGCCCGUUUGGCCUCAGAGUCUCAUCAUGGAGGAUCUCCGAUCCACUGGGUUCUUCCUGCCGGCAUGAACGCCAAGAUGCUGGGAGGAGUCUUCAAGAUCGACUGGCUCUGCAGGAGGGAGCUUCCUUUCACUAAGACGGCUCACCUGUCCAACCCCUGGAAUGAACACAAGCCCGUCAAAAUCGGACGCGAUGGACAGGAGAUCCAACCCGACAUCGGCGCUCAGCUCUGUGCCCUGUUCCCAUUGGACGAGAGUGUGGACAUGCACCAAGUGGCUCGCCGCGUUCGUCACAAGCGUCGGACGCCGUCGGAGCCGCGGCCUAGGGGCCGACCACCACAGCGCGAACCGGGAAGGCGUCGCCCUGAAGAGUACGACCUCCACGGCAGGAAGCGACCACGAGCCGACGGUCCGCCCGACUUCAACCAGCGAGCAGGCUUCAUCCAGGACCUGCGGAACCAGCCGGUGGACAGACGCUUCUCCAGUGUGAGGCGCGAUGUUUUCCUCAACGGGUCCUACAAUGACUACAUGAGGGAUUACCACCACAGCGUGGGGCCUCCUGCUCCCUGGCAGACUCUGGUACGACUCUCUUUUAUUGAUCGAUCCGGUUAUUGCUGACAGACUGAACAAAAGAGUUUUUUUUAUUUAUUCAAUUUAUUUAUUUACCUGGGACAGUGCACAGUAAUCAACAUUGUGGUCCGCUAAAUAGCUUAUUUUAAUCCGUGGUCCCGGGGCAGGCUCUAACUAAUAUAAUGCCAAAUAUCAUCAAUAUAGUGUAUAAAAGUACUGCAAGAAAUAUAUAAUGCAUAAGUGCAUUUGUGCAAAAGUGCCAGAAGUAUGUGAAAUCAUUACCAUUAUGUAAAAUGCUGAAGAGAGGUGGUAGGAUUGUUAGUGAUUUGCAUUAAGCCAUGACUUAAGUUUCUGUUUGAAAGUUAAAUCAUCAUUUAUUCUCAAAGUUCAGUAGGUAAACUAUUACAGUAGGUGG